GGCAGUGGUUUAGACAGGAAAUUAAAAAAAACAUAAGGAAACUACUCACUGGUCUGGUGACAGACGCAGAGAGACAAGCUUGAAAUCAACACGGUGAAUCUUCCCAGAACCACACAAACCAAGUGUAUUCACGGUUUGGGCUCAUAUUGACUGAUUGAUUGAUCUGCUCAAGGGAAAAGCAACGCAAUGGGUCUCGUGAGGGGUUUACUCUUGUGGUUAUUGGCUGUCACUUUGGUCAUCACCUCUGCCUCGACUGAAAUGUGUCGGAACGGCUGUAAAAAGUGCAACCCAGGAGAGUUCCAGACUAAUUGUGCCUGUAAACCCUGUCCCAGUAACACCUACACCUCAAUGAUGAACUGUGAAAGCAGCUGCCACGGCUGCUACAGCGACUGCAGAGCAGAUUUACAUAUGAAGGUGGUCAAGAACUGCACCAAAACGUCAGACCUGCGCUGCGAAUGUGUGGAAGGUUUUCAUUGCGUCGCCAAGGACAUGGUGACAGGAACCUGCACAAGGUGUCAGCGCACGCAGCCCCGAGUCACACCUGCUACUGCACGGACAACGCCCUGCACCUCUCUCAAGUGCAGCUCAGAGUCCACCUCAAGAAACACAACAAAUCAUACAACAGACAAAUCCUCAAACCUCCUCGUAGCCAUCCUGUGCCCCCUGUUAGUGAUUGUGGGGCUGUGUCUGGUGUUCCUGUUUUGUUUGGGAUGCCCUAGACACGACACACGAUUUAAGCAAACUGUGAAGAAGCUGUGCAGUGUGGAAGUUAUAGACACUGCACACCUAACAAGACAGAUAUCUACUGAAAAGCAACAGACAAGUCCCAUGGCAACAGCUAACAUGGGUCCAGUGCAUGUCCACAACCCGGGCACAGUUAUCUUCAGUCUUCUUGGCGACAUCUCAGGACAGAUCGGAGAAACAAAAGAGGGGAAGCUGAAAGUGAGGCAGCCUAGCGGAGAUGAAGAGUACUGCACCGUGUGUCAGCCCACCCCCUCUCCCACCCUGCCCCUGUCAGAGGAGGAGCACCCUGGGGAGUUCAGCAGCACCUUCUUCCCCUCUCAGGAGCAGGGCAAAGACAGUCACGUGUCUAUGGAGGAGCAGCCAUGACAUUGUUAACUGGGAUCAACUGGGAUACACACUGGUGAAUCUCCCUGAGUUCAGAUGGAUGUGACUGACAGGUGGAUCAGCCAAUCAGGGACAUGCAAGGCCCAUCCGUAUCAAAACAAAUGUGGCAGCUUAAGUGGGGAAAAAAGAAAGGAAGAAAAUACGACAGUGGACUGAAAAACAUCAUGGAUUUCUGCACAAUCAAUGAGUGAAGCACUAAGCUCUGUUCAUCUGAGGUGAGAGAAGUUUGAUUUUGUUCAAAUGAUGCGUGACCAGUGAGCGUCGCUGAAAUAAACAGUUGUGAUUGCAAGGUUGCGUUGGAGCCUGGCUUGAUAUGCAGAUGGGGUGUGGCCUAAACUGGUAUCCCUUUGUAAACACAUACAGAGAGAUCAUUGUGGACUGGCCAAGCAAAUGACCCUCAAUGAUCUAUAGAGAAUAAAACCUACACAAUGUGAGAGUGGACUGGACAAGGCUUGAAUGAAAAACAGGAAUCCCGUUUUCUUUGUUUGUUACGGGCCAAAUGCUACUGUGAUCAUGUAAACGAACAGUGACAACAGUGAAAGUGCUACACGUUCAUUUUAAAAUGGACCUAUUAUGCAAAUGUUAUAGUUGUUUCCCCUCAAUAUUCACUCACCCACCGUCGUUGGGUGAUUUGUGCAUGUGUGAGCAACGUUUACUCGGUUAUUUUCAAGACUUUUUGCGCCCCUCAGCUCCUACGUUCACCGUGAGGAGGAUUAGUUGUCUGCAAAAAUAUGAAAAUAUCGAUAUAUCGUAUCGUUAAUGUGAUGAGAGAGUAUCCAUAUCAUGGGCUGCUGUAUCAAUAUAUUGCAAAGAGUAUUUUCUGGUAUAUUUUACUAAAUUAUUUUGUUACAGCGCUACAGUUUUCUUGCUUGUUCAGAGGAAGGAAACUCAUUUAUGUGAAACAUUUAACAUUUUCACACUUUUGAUUAUUAAAAUGUGUGUGUUUUAUAUUCACUUUACACAAGAAAUGGUUUAACAAAGACUUUUAGUGUCACAGCCAUGAUUUAGCCUUUAUUUUUACUGAACCGAAUUGAAUCGUUUUGAAAUAUAUCGUACUGAAUCGAUAGUGCACUGUAUCGAGAUAUGUAUUGUAUCGUAGUCUAUGUAUUGAAGUAUGUAUCGUAUCGGCAACUUCUUAAUGAUUCCCAGCCCUAUGGAGCUGAUCUGCAGCUGUCCACAGGAGGUGCCCACAUCUCUACAGCUCUUUGUUGUGAUGACAUUUACAGCAACGUCACAGCUCAUUGGGCACCACAGUUUUUUAACUUGGAAAUCAGGGGACUUGUUUCUUUCAUGAAGUUGUUUUAGAUCAGGGGUGUCAAACUCAAAUUCACAGAGGGCCAAAAUUCAAAACUGGGACUAAGUCGUGGGCUAAACUAAGUAUUUAUUGAACAUUUUCAACAACAUCUGCAUGUUUUCUCUUCUUAAUGUUAAACCUUUUGUUAUUAAAAUAAAUGUUUAAUAAUAGUUUUGCUUAAACACUGAAUCCAGAACAAGCAAAAUAUAAAAUAAUAGCAACAUUUUAAAUAAAUAGUCUAUCUGUACAAGGUGGGCCAGCUCUAAUACAUGUUUAAUAUGAUCUCACGUGCCAAAUAUAAUUAUAUCACGGGCCAAAUUUGGCCCCCGGGCCUGAGUUUGACCUGCCAGUUUUAGAUGAAUAUUGUGACUGAAAAUGUUCAAAUUGUAACAUGAUCCACAGGUGUCAUAGAUUUUAACUACAACACAAGCACAACACGUCUUGUUUAAAGGUGCUCUAUGUAACUUUUUAGUAAGUGUCUGCCACCUUUUUUCUCCAUGAUGAUUUUUCUUUGCCUGGAAUGUUCCACAGUAUGGCAUUAAAUUAUGUAUCUUGCAUUUAUUCAGUUACAGGUGUUUAAAAAAAUUAAAACUCUAAAAAUGUGUAUUCUUACGGUGAAGGGUCAAAGUGUCCAAGUAAUUUCCCCUGUGGAUCAAUAAAGUCUGUCGAAGUCUAAGUCGUUUCUCCACAGAUCUGACCUGGUGGCAUCACUUGCUUGUUACAACGGAGAUGGAUAAUUUAAUGCCAUAUUAUGGAACAUUGCAGGCAAACCAAUAACAGCUCAGUAGAGCAUCUGAAAAUAUUUAAAACUUGUGUUCAAGAGAAGUGCAUAAAUACUGCAAAAAAAGUAUUGUUUUAAGUGUGGAUAUCAGAAUAAAAAGUGUAUUUACUGUA